CUGCUGGACUCCUGCAUGCUGACCCCCCCCGUCUUCCAGGACGAGGACGGUAUCCCGUCGGACUUUUCUGACCCGCCUGGAGGAAGACAGCUGACAGAUAACCUCCACAGACUCGCAUUCCUCCCGCCCACAGACACCGGCCCCGUUUCUGUCCUCCGAAGCGCCAGCAGCUCCCUCCCGGCCCCGCCCCUCCCCCGGUGCCCUCGGGCCAUGGUUCGCAAAAAGGGUUCCCUGAUCCUGUGCGGCGCGUUCCUGUUCGUGGCCUGGAACGCCCUGCUGCUGCUCUACCUCUGGGGCCGGCCCCCCCUGGGCCGCCCGGGGGACGGGGGGGGCGCCGAGCCCGGGGAGAAGGAGGAGUGGGGCCUCGGCAGGGGGGGGGGGGGGGGGGCCGCGGCUCAGGCCAACCUGGCCGGGGAGGUGAUCCGCCUGGCCGAGGAGGUGGAGGUGCAGCUGGAGACCCAGAAGAAGCUCCUGAAGCAGAUCGAGGACCACCGGGCGGCCUGGGCCCGCCAGAGGGACGUGGGGAAGAGGCAAACCGGCCACCGCGAAGAGGUCCAGGACCCCCGGGAGCCGAGCGAAGCCCCCCAGGAGCGGCAGGAAGAGCGGGGGCGAACGCAGAAGGUGGGCGUGGCCACGCCCCCUCGCCCGAACGAGCCAAUCAUCCCCAUCCUGGUCAUCGCCUGCGACCGGGUUACGGUCAAGCGGAGCCUGGACCGGCUCAUCCAGUACCGGCCCUCCGCGGAGCUGCACCCCAUCGUGGUCAGCCAGGACUGCGGCCACGCGGAAACGGCGCGCGUGAUUGGCUCCUACGGAGACCAGGUGACGCACAUCAGCCAGCCGGACCUGUCGGACAUCAGGGUCCGGCCCGAGCACAGGAAGUUCCAGGGAUACUACAAGAUCUCCAGGCACUACCGCUGGGCGCUCAACCAGGUGUUCGGCGCCAUGGGCCACUCCUCCGUGGUCAUAGUGGAGGACGACCUGGAGGUGGCGCCGGACUUCUUCGAGUACUUCCGGGCGCUGUACCCGGUCCUGCGCGCCGACCCCAGCCUCUGGUGCGUCUCGGCCUGGAACGAUAACGGGCGGGACGCCCUGGUGGACCCGGCCAAGCCGGGGCUGCUCCACCGGACCGACUUCUUCCCCGGCCUGGGCUGGAUGCUGCUGAGGGACAUGUGGGCCGAGCUGGAGCCAAAAUGGCCGCCGGCCUUCUGGGACGACUGGAUGCGGCAGCCGGAGCAGCGGCGGGGCCGAUCCUGCGUGCGGCCCGAGGUUUCCCGCACCAUCACCUUCGGCCGGAAGGGGGUCAGCCUUGGCCAGUUCUUCGACCAGUACCUGCGCUACAUCAAGCUGAACGCUGAGUUUGUGCCUUUCACCAAACACGACCUGUCUUACCUGCUGAAGGAAAAGUACGACGACGCCUUCGUCAAGGAGGUUUACGGCGCCACCCCCGUGAGGAUCGAGGACCUGCAGCAGGGGGGCGGCCUCAGGGGGCCCGGCCCCUACAGGGUUCAGUACUCCAGCAGGGACAGCUUCAAGGUCUUUGCCCGGAACUUGGGCGUGAUGGACGACCUGAAGUCGGGGGUUCCCCGGACAGGCUACAGGGGCGUGGUCAGCUUCCUGCACCGGGGCCGGAGGGUGUUCCUGGCCCCGCCCGAGGGCUGGACCCAGUACGACGUUAGCUGGAGCUAG